GCGCAAGGCCCUGGGCGCUGCGGAUACUUAAUUUUGAAAUACUUAAGAAGUGAAUACCUCUGGAUUUUGGAACAAAAUUGGACGUUUAUAUGGAUGAAAUGCUGCAACUGUUCUCAAACUCUAUUACAAACUGAUUUCAAUCAUUGCAUCAUCUUUGUUGAGUAACAGAAGUUCUACUCCUCACUGAUCAAUGUGACAGUGUUCAGUAGUUUACGAGAUGAGCCAAACUCGUGGGAAGUAUGACUUCUGUAUAGGUCUGGUGUUGGCUAUGAGUUCCAGCAUUUUCAUUGGAGGAAGUUUCAUCCUGAAAAAGAAAGGACUCCUCCGGUUAGCCAGGAAAGGCUCCAUGAGAGCAGGUCAAGGUGGUCAUGCAUACCUUAAGGAGUGGCUGUGGUGGGCUGGACUUCUUUCAAUGGGAGCUGGCGAAGUUGCAAACUUUGCUGCCUAUGCUUUUGCACCAGCUACAUUAGUGACUCCCCUAGGAGCUCUCAGUGUUCUUGUAAGUGCCAUUCUGUCAUCCUUCUUUUUAAAUGAAAAACUUAAUUUACAUGGAAAAAUAGGGUGUUUGUUAAGUAUACUGGGAUCAACAGUGAUGGUGAUACAUGCUCCUCAAGAGGAAGAAGUAGAAACUUUGGAUGAAAUGUCCCACAAACUAGGGGAUCCAGGUUUUGUGGUCUUCGCAACGCUUGUUGUCAUUGUGUCUUUAAUUCUAAUAUGYGUGGUGGGACCUCGUCAUGGACAGACCAACAUUCUCGUGUACAUAACGAUUUGCUCUGUAAUCGGAGCCUUAUCCGUCUCCUGUGUAAAAGGUUUGGGCAUCGCUAUAAAGGAACUUUUCGCRGGAAAACCAGUUCUGAAGCAUCCCUUGUCUUGGAUUCUGCUGCUAAGCCUUACUGUCUGUGUGAGCACGCAGAUCAACUAUUUAAACAGGGCUCUGGAUAUAUUCAACACWUCAAUAGUGACUCCAAUAUAUUAUGUAAUCUUCACAACAUCUGUUUUAACUUGUUCUGCCAUCCUUUUCAAGGAAUGGCAACACAUGGCGGCUGAUGACAUUAUUGGCACCUUCAGUGGCUUCCUGACGAUUAUUGUGGGGAUCUUUUUAUUGCAUGCCUUCAAAGAUGUUAACUUCACCCUAGCAAACCUGCCCCUCUCUCUGCGGAAGGAUGACAGAGCAGCAAAUGGCACUUUGCUGAACACAUACGACAGCUUUCAUAAUGAUGAAGAAAGUUCUGCCUGCCUAGGUGAAAUGCAAUCCACUGAGAGUCUCUCAGCCAGGAGAAAUGGAAGUCUGUCAGCCUUCUAAAAAUACCCAYGUGUUACUUAUGAAAAGAACAAUUCUGUAACCCUGGAAUUUUUUUUUUCUGCUGUGAAAUGUCUGAGCUUGUCUGGAAAUUUAUGUACUUUUUAACAGUAUGUGUAGACAAUCGUUGAUUUUUAAGUUUGAUUAGUUUGGAUAAAGAACACUGAAACUUUUUUUUUGCCUUAUUUUUACUUUAAAAAGUACUAAAAUGACCUCAGACCACAAUUGGUUGUGUUGCUUAAGUUAUGUGUAAAUACUUUCAUUUCAUUCUUCUGUUUUUAAGAUGUAUUGCACUAAUGACAAUUUUAUCAAAAAUAAAUGGCUUUAUUUCUGCAUUGGUGGUAAAAAGGUUGCAGUGAACCUGGAUCCUUUUGUACUUGUGCCCUGACUGACCAUGGAGUGACUGUAACCAUGUUGAAACAGGAGCUGCAGCAACUGCUCCUGUCCUAGUUUGUGAAAGAGAAAAGGGAAAGCUAUAACCGAGGACAACUGAUGCUUUGAAAACACUGGUUAGGUAAAGCUGUGUGAAAAACUUGCUGGAUUUGCAUAAAAAACCCCCACCUUUACGAAAUCAGAUUAACUGGCUGGCAGAAACAAGAAGGGAGGAACUUCUGCUCUGUUUGGGUAGGUGAGGUGGUAGCUCCUGCCAUGACAAUUUAUGUAGAAGGAAGGAUCUGAGUCAUUACCAGUAGCCACAGAAGCUGUUUCCUCUUCAGUAAAAGAGGUCAGGUCGUGUCUGUGCUGCACCAUGCUGCCCUGGCUCUGCAGACCUGUUCUGUGUUCCUAAUGUUACAGCUCGAACUCAGAACUGCUAUUUUUUUUU